GCUGAUUCUUCCCCUGCUCAGUUCUUCUCCUUUCGCUUUGUAUCAUUCAUCGUCACUCGUAACCUGCCAUGAACCGCAUCUUUGGGUCUUCAGCGAGCAAAAAGCCUAAACCUUCGCUUCAGGAUGCAAUAGCCUCAACAGAUGCUCGGGUCGGUUCUAUAGAAGUGAAGAUCAAGAAGUUGGAUGGGGAGCUAGGGAGAUAUAAGGAACAGAUGUCGAAGCUGAGGAAUGGACCGGGAAAGGCUGCGAUUCAACAACGGGCUAUGCGUACUCUCCAGCAGAAGAAGAUGUACGAGAACCAGCUCGCCCAGCUCACACAACAGACAUUCAACAUGGAAUCCGCCGCGCUCGCCACAGAGAACCUGAGGAACACAAUGGCUACGGUUGACGCUAUGAAGACGGCGAACAAAGAGUUGAGGAAACAGUAUGGGAAGAUUGACGUCGACAAGAUCGAGAAUAUGCAAUUUGAGCUCGAGGAUCUUGUCGAGCAGGCAAACGAGAUACAAGAGACAUUAGGACGGUCGUACGCUGUACCAGACGAAAUCGACGAAGCUGACUUGGAAGCGGAGCUGGAUGCCCUCGCACUCGAGGAAGAGGACGAAGGCACCUCUUACCUCGCAGACAUCAACAAGGCGCCCGACUUCAUCGACGAACCACCCGUCGAGCUCGGAGAACAGACGCCCGCUGCGCCGGAGGCGGUCAGGACGACAUGAUAGCGCAGUUCUCAUAUUAUUCUUACUCAGAUUGACUCAGACUUUUGGCCCUUUCCAAGUGUGGACCCUCGUCAACUUCUUGGCAUGAUAUGCUGCGGCGCGCUGUGGUAGGAAGUGGUGUAUGUAUUGUACGUUAUUUGGAUGAUAUAUGGGACUUCGCACUGUGCAUUCGCUAUCCAUGAGAGGGAGUUGGGGGAUAACUGUGUAUAUACUGUCUUGUAAUGUGGAAGCUCUGAUAUAGAGUGGUAUGUCGGUCAAUCAAUCAC